AUGAACACAUCAAGGAAUAUAAACUACCCCAGCAACCGUUUGUUAUCACUUCGAGAAAUAUUACAAUCUAUUCAUGUUCUAUCUAUCUAUCUAUCUAUCUAUCUAUCUAUCUAUCUAUCUAUCUUAGUCUGCUAUUGUUCUAUCUAUCUAUCUAUCUAUCUAUCUAUCUAUCUAUCUAUCUAUCUUAGGCUGUUCAUGUUCUAUCUAUCUAUCUAUCUAUCUAUCUUAGGCUGUUCAUCUAUCUAUCUCUAUCUAUCUAUCUAUCUAUCUAUCUAUCUAUCUUUCGUUCAUGUUCUAUCUAUCUAUCUAUCUAUCUAUCUAUCUAUCUAUCUAUCUAUCUAUCUUAGUAUGUUGAUGAUCUAUCUAUCUAUCUAUCUAUCUAUCUAUCUAUCUAUCUAUCUAUCUCAAUCCAACACGAUAGGAAUUUGGACUGGAGACAAAAAUUCAAAUUGCCUGUUCGAUAAAAGUUACGCUAUGGGCGCAAUCGCAAUGACAUGGACACGUAAAUUUAAUUGGAUUUGCAUCUAUCUAUCUAUCUAUCUAUCUAUCUAUCUCAGUCUUCUGAUCAAAUCUAUCUAUCUAUCUAUCUAUCUAUCUAUCUAUCUAUCUAUCUAUCUAUCUACCUACCUACCUACCUACAUUUCUAUCUUAGCCUGUUCAUAUCUAUCUAUUUCAUUCAGUUCAUCCCUCUUUCUGUCUAUCCAUCUCAAUCUGUUCAUAUCUAUCUAUCUAUUUCAAUCUUUUCAUAUCUAUCCCAGUCUUUUCAUAUCUAUCUCAGUCUUUUCAUAUCUAUCCCAGUUUAUCUACCUAUCUACCUCAGAUACCCUGAUAAUUUUAUAUUAA